AUGCCCUGUUAUUUAGAUACUAUUAUAAAAAUUAAAUAUGUCAAACAAAAUAAAACAAAAGAUGCAAAAUCAAUUUCAGUAUGGGCUAUCGGGAUGUAUCCUGUAGGACAUAAAGAUAAAGAAAUAGAAGUUGUUUUAAAAAUCGUAUCUCAUAGCUAUGCCGGAAAUUACUUCCAAUCUCAAUCAACUUCAACUCACCCAACAAGAUCCAAACUUUUAAACAUUUACCAAAACAUUACUAAAAAUUUAAAAGAUACAUCUGUAACCCAAACACCACCUGCAACAACUUCGAGUGAUAUUGAAAGUGAAUCUUCGGUAAAACAUAGAAGAUCUAAAGAAACUGAGCAACCUAUUGACAUGGAAUUUGCCAAUACUAAUGAUUACAAAUCUGAAACCAAUAAAACUAUAUUUACUAAACCUGAUCAAAAAGAAUCUGAAAAACCAACUAAGAAAAAUAAAUCUCAAAAAAAUACUGUACGCAAUCAAACAAAAAGUAAAAAAUGUCCCAUUAGAUCUAAAUGUAAUACAAAAAAUCCACAAUAUUCAACCAUAGUUAUCAAAUCUGACUAA